ACUUCGUUCUGGAAGCCCAUACCAUAACUGUAAAACAGCGAUACUUAUGGUCAGACUCCACAACAGUUCUGGCGUGGCUGAGAGCAGAUCCUCGAAAGUAUAAGCAGUACGUAGCAUGCAGGAUCGGUGAAGUUCUAAUGGAGACAGAUGCCAGCGAGUGGUGGUGGGUACCAUCAAAGUUGAAUCCGGCGGAUUUGGCAACAAAAUGGGGAAGCGGCCCCACCCUGGACGCUGAUGAGAUAUGGUUUAACGGACCUCCUUUUCUGUUGAAACCCAUCGAAGAGUGGCCAGCGCAGACUACACAUCAGCAAACAGUAGAAGAAGAACUACGUGCAUGUAAUAUGCAUUUGCAAGCCACACCAAUACCUUCAGUAAUUGACUACGAUCGAUUUUCAAAUUGGGAAAGACUCCAUAGAACUACAGCCUACGUACAUAGAUACAUUGCCAACUUGAAACGAACGUGUUACGGCAAGGCGAGGUUAAGCGGGCACUUGACUCAAGAGGAGCUACAGCAGGCUGAAGCAACGCUGAUACGAUUGGCACAGUGGCAAUACUAUCCCGAAGAAAUGUCGGUCCUUACACAGGAUCGUGACCGUCCACCAUCCGAGCGAAAAGGUUUAGAGAUCAACAGUUCACUGUAUCGUUCUACGCCGUACAUUGACGAGUUUGGCGUUUUGCGGGUUGACGGAAGAAUAGGAGCGGCUAAGCAUGCGGAGGUGGGAAUGAAGUUCCCAUCCAUUCUACCAAGAAGUCAUCGCGUCACGAGUCUCAUACUUCAUGCAUUCCAUCGAAAGUUCAAGCAUGCCAACUUCGAGACGGUUGUGAACGAAAUUCGGCAGCUGUAUCAUGUACCUCGACUCAGAGUGACUGUCAAGAAGAUCAGCAGUGAAUGUUUGAUUUGCAAGUUGCGCAAAGCGGUUCCUCAGAUCCCACGGAUGGCCCCUCUUCCACCGGCUCGUCUAGCAACGUUUGCUAGGCCGUUCACCUACGUAGGAUUGGAUUUCUUCGGACCACUGGUGGUAAAAGUCGGGCGAGGUAAUGCAAAACGAUGGAUUGCUCUCUUCACUUGUUUGACCAUUCGAGCUGUACAUUGUGAAGUAGUUUGUAGUCUAUCGACGGAAGCUUGCGUAAAGUCUAUUCGCCGUUUCGUGUGUCGCCGAGGUGCACCGGCAGAAAUUUACUCAGACAACGGCACCAACUUCCACGGUGCCGAACGUAUAUUGAUGAAGCAAAUUCAGCAGGGAGUUGCUGCAACCAUAACAAGCACGACCACCAAAUGGUUCUUCAUCCCACCAGCGUCACCCCACAUGGGUGGGGCGUGGGAACGUAUGGUGCGUUCAGUUAAGCAGGCAAUGCUGGGCGCCUACAAUUCCGACAGGAAACUGGAUGAUGAAUCUCUUUUGACGUUUGUCUCUGAAGCGGAAAGCAUGGUCAACAGCCGACCACUCACUUAUCUCCCUCUGGACGCAGAGGAAACCGAAGCAUUGACUCCGAAUCAUUUUUUGUUAGGAAGCUCAAGUGGUGUACGACAGCCGGUUGUUGAACCAACUGACAACUCAGCCGCCCUCCAAAAUACUUGGCAUUUGAUCAAUCAUCAACUAGACGGCUUCUGGAAACGAUGGAUCCGCGAAAUGUUACCGACCCUAACAAAAAGGACCAAGUGGUUUGGUGAAGUGAAGAUGGUUAGCACUGGAGAUUUGGUGAUGAUCAUAGACGACAGUAAAAGGAACAACUGGAUCAGGGGACGCAUAGUGGAGGUAAUCAAAGGAUGUGACGGACGAGUCCGUCAGGCGGUAGUAAGAACUGCAGGGGGCUUGCUGCGCAGAUCUGUCUCUAAGCUAGCUAUCUUGGACGUCCUGGCUAAUGGUAAAAUUGGAACCGGUGGCCAAUGUUACGGGGGGGAGGAUGUUGCCUCUGGGCACACUGCUCCGAAUCAAACGAACGGAGUGUCGUCGACGCUUAACGAUGGCCUUGACAGGUCAAAAGCAGAUGAGGUCGAUGACGAGGCAAAAGCAUUGAAACCGGCAUGCAGAGAAGACUAGGAGCUAUAGUUAAACGUGAAAUUGCCUCAAAAGAUCAAAAUUAUUAAAUCCUAAUGAUUGAAUUUGAUAUUCUAUCUAGCCUAAAGUGAAUUCGUUAUCCUACAUUAAUCAAACAGUGAGCUCGAGAAUUUGUUAUACUAGUUGGUAAUGAAAUACUAAUUGAAAUCGCAUUUCUAUAAAAUAGGUUAGAAUCUGCAAGUUAGAGUUCUACAUAUUGAAGUCGUGAACUACUAUUACUUUAUUCAAUUAGGUAAAGUGCUAGGUAAAAAUAAUCAUGCAAAUAGUUCUAGAUUAGCUAACGAUACUUUGAUUGCAGUUAAAGCUAAUCCAAUUAGUUGUGUCGGGCAAGGAGGCUGCAAAAACUCCGCCAGUACACCGAAAGUUUUAAAGCUGCGCUAAACCCAAGUACUGCGUGACGCUGCUAACAGCCCGGUGACAGCAUACCCUUGCCCUCUUACAACAA